AUGAAUUCAUGCACAAAGGAAUUUUAUGAUAACCUUUUAACAUAUUUUAUCAAUUACGACCUUUCAUCAUUUAAUGUACGAAUCAUACCGAUGACUGAAGCCAAACAAGAUUUAAUUGAAUUAUCAACAAAUCCUUUAGAUGUAUGGAUAAAUACACAUUAUGAUGAAUUGUGUGCAGGUAUGACGUGUAAAAAUGCUCUAUUCUGCAAACCAUCAGACAUGAAAGACAAGAAUUUCCAAAUGAGCAUUAAGGAUAAAUGUGAUAAGAAACAGAGAAGAAUAGAUGGUAAACAAACAUGGUGUUAUGUUUUGAAAGAAGAAAUGAAAGGAUUAUAUAAACAAAUUGAACCAAACGAUAAUGAGGAUUCAUUUACUGACGAUGAAAUACCUGUAAAUGAAGCUUUAUAA